UCGUGCUUCGACCUCUUCCUCACUCUCACUCACCAUUCCCAUAUUCAUACCCCAUUUCUCAUUUCCAACACAGUGUAGUAUAUAAUAAGCUAAAUCAAUCUUUGUCUGAUAUUCAAAGACCACUUCAAAUUCUCAUUUCUUAAAAAAGGGUAUUUGAAAUUGAUAUUAGUAGCAGUAGCACAAGUAGGUGUCCGAUUCAGUGCCAAGUAACCUACUAACCAAGCCAAUGGAUUCUCCCUUACUAGAAAACAUUGACAACUCUACUACUUAUGUUGAGGAGAAGAAGACACUGAACUCUGUUGUUAAGAAAUUCGGGUUUGAGUCGAAGAAGCUAUGGAAAAUAGCAGGCCCUGCUAUCCUCACCUCUAUAUGUCAGUACUCACUUGGUGCACUCACUCAAACAUUUGCUGGCCUAGUUGGUGACCUUGAACUUGCAGCAGUUUCUGUUGAAAAUUCUGUUGUUGCUGGCCUCGCCUUUGGAGUCAUGUUGGGAAUGGGGAGUGCCUUGGAGACUCUGUGUGGGCAAGCAUAUGGUGCGGGACAGAGCACGAUGUUGGGUGUGUACAUGCAGAGAUCAUGGGUCAUCUUGUUCGUCACUGCCCUUAUUUUGUUACCUCUUUAUAUUUGGUCACCUCCCAUCUUGAGGCUCUUUGGACAGACGGCUGAGAUCUCAGAUGCUGCUGGGAAAUUUGCUCUGUGGAUGAUACCUCAGUUGUUUGCAUACGCUAUAAACUUUCCAAUGGUUAAGUUCCUACAGGCACAGAGGAAAGUGCUGGUGAUGUUAUGGAUAUCAGUAGUUGUUUUGGUGCUGCACACAUUUUUUAGUUGGUUUCUUAUAUUUAAGCUUGGAUGGGGCCUAAUUGGAGCGGCAAUUACUCUCAACACAUCAUGGUGGGUCAUUGUGAUUGCACAAUUGUUGUACAUUUUCAUCACUAAGUCAGAUGGAGCUUGGAAUGGGUUUACAUGGCUAGCAUUUUCGGACUUGUUUGGUUUUGUAAAGCUUUCUCUGGCUUCAGCUGUUAUGUUAUGCUUGGAGUUUUGGUAUUUGAUGAUACUGGUGGUGAUAACAGGGCGUUUGAAAAAUCCUCUAGUACCAGUUGAUGCCAUAUCUAUCUGUAUGAACAUAAACGGUUGGGAUGCCAUGAUUGCAAUUGGGUUCAAUGCUGCUAUAAGUGUGAGAGUAUCAAAUGAGCUGGGGGCUGGUGAUUUCAAGGCUGCAAAGUUUUCAGUGUGGGUGGUUUCCAUCACAUCAGUGUUCAUAGGUGUUGUUGCCAUGAUCGGAGUGCUAUCAACCAAGGAUUACUUUCCCUACUUGUUUACCACCAGCGUUCCUGUUGCCAAUGAAACAACUAGGCUUGCUGCUUUGCUCGGUGUCACAGUGCUUCUAAACAGCCUUCAACCAGUCCUAUCAGGUGUUGCUGUUGGGGCUGGCUGGCAAUCUCUAGUAGCAUGCAUCAACAUUGUGUGCUACUAUGUUAUUGGAUUACCGGCAGGGAUAAUAUUGGGAUUUCCACUUGGUCUUGGAGCAGAGGGUAUUUGGUCAGGGAUGAUUGCUGGCAUAGUUUUGCAGACUACAAUCCUUAUAAUCGUCACUUCAAUACGCAACUGGAAAAAAGAGGCUGAAGAAGCAGAGAGCCGCGUGAAAAAGUGGGGAGGAGCAAUUGCAUAUGAUCAAUGAUGACUUUUUAUCAUAGUUGAGAAUUAGGCAGAGAUUCUAUUAAGUUGUAUCAAUAAUGAUUGAAAAUUUUUAACAUGUAUUUGAAUUUUAGAUUAUAGGUCAGCUUGUUAUGAUUUCUACAUAGAUAAUUCAUAUGAUUGAGCACUGAUUAAACAAGUGUUAAAUUAAGUUAUUUAAACAAAAGAAUCUCAAUUAUAAAUCUCAA